ACACACGAACCGCGACGAUGUCCGCUCAACCCCCCUCCAAACCCACCACCACUACCGCCGCCGCCGACUCCAAACCCACCCCGCAACCCACCGACGCAAAGAAACCCGCCGUCCUCGAAGAAGACGACGAGUUUGAAGACUUCCCCGUCGAGGACUGGACCGAGGAGGAGACGCAGAUCCCCAACGGCAAUGCGCAUCUGUGGGAGGAGAGCUGGGAUGACGAUGAUACGAAUGAGGAUUUUGCGGUGCAGUUGAGGGAGGAGUUGAAGAAGUUGGGGAAAUGAGCGGAGUGAGGAUGGCGAAUUGAAGCGCACCAGGCACCGAGAAACCACACGCAUGAUGGACAUGCGAGAGUUGGGCUUUGAGCCUGGGAAUGCACAGGUUGAGAAGCAGUGAUAUUCCUGAGGCAGGGGACUAUACAAGGCAUAAUGGGAUGCAGUUCAGGCUCUAUUGCGCUCUGACAAAGCUACUCUACACGAAUCAUAAUUUCGA